GACCCCGCUGUGCUGAGAACAAUGACCAGGACGGGGAUAUUACUUCAGGUGGCGUGUGCUGCUGUAAUUUUCUCUCAUGCGCUGUCUGCAUCAACAUUGAGGAGGCGACAAAGCAGUGACAUCCGGUGCCUUCAGUGUGACCACGUUUCUGACCCGGCUGAUUGCGACGACUACAGCAUAUGUGGACAUGGCGAGAUUUGCUCAACCCGGGAGUUUAUAGACCACCAUGACAAGAAGUCCUAUCGGAUGGGAUGCCAAAGUUCUCAGAUUUGUUCCCUGUACAAAAAUGCGGCAACGAUAUUUGGGCGACGCCGAGAUGUGUUUUCCGAGGACGAAGCACGCCUGUGUUUUGAUUGUUGCAGUGACAAUGAUUGCAACUCCGCUAUUUGUAUCCCCACUGGUGGUGGAGCCACGCCUUUAACGCAAGUUGUUAGUACAACACCAACACGCAUACCAACAAGGACUUUGACUGCCACGGAAACAACAACUAAAGACAACGUAUGUCCCUCUGGUUUCAUGACCUGGAAGUUCUCCUGUUAUGCCUUCUCCCAGACAAACGUUAUCUGGGAUGACGGGCGGAAGCUAUGUCAGGAUAAAGGUGCAGAUCUGGUCUCCAUCAACACGCAGCAAGAAGAUUCCUUUAUAACAAAUCAGCUGGAAAACCUUAGAGUACCUGACACUGUCCGAGGAAUGUGGCUUGGCAGCACCUACGACGACGCAGAUAACAAGUUCAAGUGGGUUGAUGGAACAGACGUCAGCUACGGCCGCUUCAAGACUGGUUCGCCCAGAAGACUGACUGGGUACAGUCUCGUAGUGAUAAACCCCGCUGUUAAUUCCGCGUUUGCUGGUUGGCCUUGGGGGUCGGAUGUAGGAUCAGUUUAUAAACGUGGCUUCAUUUGCGAAAUGAAGCAGCCGAGCAGACACUGAUUCUGAAGAAUAUUGUUCACGGAACAGUGAAUGUUUCAGUUGCUGUGCUGGUAGUGUGUACGACCAUGCUCAAUAAACUUGCGUUGUCUCGCUUAUUGCUGUGAUGAUGAUGGAGUUGGACUUAACGCCGCUUUUGAUAUUAUUCCAGUUAUAUCGCGGCGUGUCAGCUUAAUGUGGGAGGGAAGCCCGA